AUGCCUCCUAAAUCGAGAAAGGCGUUAAAAAUCGAAGAAUUCGAGCCAGACGAAGACAUAUUAGAAACCACAUGCAAAUGGAAAUUGUGGAGACGAAGACUCGAGAUUCAAAUGAAAUAUUUGGACAUCGUAAAGCCAGUCGAUAUGAAAGCAGCGUUGUUAGUUCAUGGUGGUGACAAAAUCCUUCCGAUAGACGAGAACGGAGCUGAACCAGAAGGCGACUUGGACGAAUACAAGAAGCUCAUAGCGAAAAUUGAGCAUGUUUACGUGGCGAAAAACACGAGAUUGCACGCGAGAUUUAGAUUUAACAAAGCCGUUCGACACUCGAAUCAAUCUACUGCUCAAUACGAACUCGAAAUUCGACGACUCGCUAAAGAGUGUGACUUUCACGUAACGAAAGCCUUCAAGCGAAAGCGUUUGCCUUCAGACGAAAGCCUUCAAGCGAAAGCGUUAGAAAACAACUGGACACUCGAAGACUUCUUAAAGUAUGCGACUACAAGGCAAGACGUCGAAGCACAAAGAAACGAAAUGAAAAUGGAAAUUAAGAAAGAAUCACUCGAAGUACGAAGAGUAGCUGAUAAAAGAUUCUCGAGAGGAAAAUCGCAAAAGCUGUGCUCGUUUAGAAAUCGCGAAAACCCGAGAAAAUCCGUCAGCGACGUGAAAGAUAACAAAACCUGCACGAAGUGUGGUCGUGACAGAUCACAUUCUACAUGCCCAGCUGCCAAAAAGGGCCAAAAAAGAAUGUUUCAAUUGUCGAAAGAUUGGCCAUUUCCGUGCACAGUGUUUCUCAAGAAAACCCGACAGCAGAUCGAAGCAAGUAAAAGCUGA